GAGAGAGAGAGAGAGAUGAGGAGCAAUCAGGUGCGGUUGAACUGUGGUAUAACAAUGCCUUCCAUUGGACUAGGCACUUAUUCCUCCCAAAAUGACAGUGAGACGACAGAGCUAGCCAUUCAUAUGGCCCUCAAGAUGGGUUACAGGCUUUUUGAUACAGCAAAAAUCUAUGGUUCAGAGCCAGCUGUGGGGAAAGCUUUGACAGAUGCAAUUCAUGAUGGGACGGUAGACAGAGGAGACAUUUUUGUUACAUCUAAACUCUGGGGGAGUGAUCACCACGACCCUGUUUCAGGCCUCAAGCAAACUCUGCGGAAGAUGGGGAUGGAAUAUGUGGACAUGUACCUGGUGCACUGGCCAGUGAAGUUGAAGCCGUGGGCUUGUGAUGCCGUCCCCAAAGAGGAGGACUUUGAACCGUUGGAUCUUGAGUCCACCUGGGCUGGGAUGGAGAAGUGCCUCGACAUGGGGCUGUGCAGAUGCAUUGGUGUCAGCAAUUUCUCCAGCAAGAAGAUCCAACGGCUGCUAGAUUUUGCUUCUGUACCUCCGGCCGUCAAUCAGGUGGAAAUGCAUCCAAUGUGGAGGCAAAGCAAGCUCCGAGAGACGUGUGCGGAUCACAAAAUCCACGUAAGUGCGUAUUCACCGCUAGGUGGGCCCGGGAAUGCAUGGGGAUCAACAGCUGUGGUAGAUCACCCACUCAUCCAAUCCAUUGCUCUUAAACACCUAGCAACCCCAGCUCAGGUUGCUCUAAAAUGGGGAUUAUCGAAAGGAUCAAGCGUGAUCGUGAAGAGCUUCAAUCAUGAUAGGAUGAAGGAGAACAUGGGGUGCUUUGAUCUCAAGUUGAACGAUCAAGAACUCCUUGCCAUCGACAAGUUGGAAGAGAGGAAGAUCAUGAGAGGGGAGUUUCUUGUUAAUGAAACAACAAGCCCAUACAGGACAAUUCAUGAUCUCUGGGAUGAUGAAAUUUAA